GCGGCUCGCGCCUGCGCGGAGACCACUAACCUUGUAACGUCGACCUCGCGGUCUAUGUUAUGCCUAAAAGAGGCAUCGAAAACUAUAGCAUAUGUCACCCCUCAGGCAGCAACAGGUUGCAAAGCAUGCUGCAAGCAGAAUAAAUAGGUGAAACAGACAAAAGAGAUUAGAGACCACGUAGACGACUCUACAAAGUCAGCCGGUAUUAAAACCAAGUAGCUAACUUCACAUCAUUACGCGCUACAAAUUAGAAAAAUGGCUUCUGUAAAGUUUGCAGUUGUUGAUGUAAACGAUUAUUUAUCAAAAAAACAAUCUACUGAACUAGAUUUGGCGGCAGAAUGGGCUAAAUUGGAAGAGCUAUACAAUAAAAAAUUAUGGCAUCAAUUAACUCUAAAAGUACAGGAAUUAGUGAAUCAACCAUCACUAAAAUCAGGAGACAACUUAAUACAGCUAUACAAUAAUUUUUUAAGUACUUUUGAAAAUAAAAUAAACCCUCUGUCUCUUAUUGAAAUUUGCGCCCACAUUGUAGAGCAGUAUGCAAACAAAAAAGAGGCCAUUGCAUUCCUAGAGAAGAUGGAGCCGAAGGUCAAAGUUAAUGAUGAGGCACUUACACUCUGUAAGGUGCUGCAAGGUCAAAUCUACUUGGAACAGCUGAAUGACCUGGACGCCACAGAGAAAAUUAUAGAACAGCUUGAAGGCACCUUGGAGGAUGCAGACGGAGUUACCCCCGUACAUGGCCGGUUUUACAAAUUAGCUUCCGAAUAUUACAGGGUGCGCGGUCCGCUGGCGCGGUACUACCGGUGCGCGCUGCGCCACGUGGGCUGCGCGGCGGGCGGAGCCCUGCUGGAGCCCGAGCAGCGCCGCGCCUGCGCCCUCCGCCUCGCGCUCGCCGCAGUGCUCGCGCCCACAGUCUACGACCUCGGGGAGCUGCUGGCGCACCCGAUCCUGGAGUCGCUGGAGGGCACGCGCGAGGCGUGGGCGCUGGCGCUGGUGCGGGCGGCGGCGGCCGGGGACGUGGCGGCCUUCGAGAGAGCCCGGGCCGCCGCCCCGCACCCCGACCUGCAGCGCGCCGACCGACAGCUGCGGCAGAAGGUCGCCAUACUCUGCCUCAUGCAGAUGGCGUUCAACCGUACUUCGGCGCAGCGCAAGCUCACGUUCAGCGAGAUAGCGCGCGAGGCUCGCGUGCCUCACGAUGAGGUGGAGUUACUCGUCAUGAAGGCUUUGGCGGAGAAGCUCAUACGAGGUCAUAUUGAUCAGGUCAGCGAGAGCGUGCAGGUGCGGUGGGUGCGACCUCGGGCUCUGCCCCGCGCGGGUGCUGCGGCGCUGGCGGAGCGCCUCGCCGCCUGGGGGCAGGCCGUCGGCGCAGCCGCAGACCUGCUCGCAGGCGCCGCCCCAGACCUGCUUACCUGAGAUAGUAAUGAUGCUGCCGACCCCACUCACGGCCAGGAAGCAAAUAACAUCAGCAUUAUAAAACAUUUAAAAUAAGUUAAUUUUAUAUAACAUUAUAAUAACUGUCUUUAUGGAAACUAGAAAAUUGGCUAUUGUAAUAUAUAUUACUU